AUGAAUUCGGGACACACUCAAACAGAAGCGUACCGCACCGGCUUGUUCGGGCCCUACGCUUUGUGGUUUACAACUGGCUCUGCCCCUUCUUCAUCGGUUAUUGAUCCGACAUUUUGGGAAGGUUUGGGAAUAAAUGGCCUCGUACCCAAGGCCUCGCGCGGUCGAGUGACAGGGAAAGCGUCUGGUAUCCCGUCAAGCUUCUCUUCGCUUCAAGUCGUCGGUUUCUCAAACAGUGCUGCUCAAUACUGGGUUCGUACUGACUCUUCUGGCUCGUUUACAAGCCCGUACAUGAAGCCGGGAACAUACACCAUGACACUCUACAAAUCCGAGUAUGCGGUGGCUACUCAGUCGGUGUCAGUAUCCGCUGGAAGCGUCGUCACUUCGAAUAUUGCAUCACAGGAAGCGAAUCCUACAGCGAUAUGGCAAAUCGGAGAUUUUGAUGGUACUCCCAGAGGGUUCUUGAAUGCUGACCCAGGUACACUUGAUGACUUAAACCUCAAUAGCCCAAGCGAUAGCCGUAUGUCGAGCUGGGGACCAGGCGAGAAACAUAUUUUCAUCGUCCAAGGCUUGUGCUCAUAUAAAAUUUCAGUAACUUUCAAUGUUGGCAGCUCUACAAACUCGUUCCCCAUGGCCAUUUUUAAAGCCGUUGGUGCAGUCACCAUUCGCUUCUCACUUUCAUCCUCGCAAAUUGGCGCCCGGACAUUGCAGAUCGGAACAACGAAUGCCUUUGCUGGCGGAAGACCCGUUGUCCAGGUGAACAGCUGGAACUCUGCAAUUCCGGCAAUUCCCAAUCAGCCUGACUCCAGAGGGGUGACACGCGGAACCUGGAGAGGGAAUAACAUUAUGUACACCUACAACAUUCCUUCAGGAACGCUGGUAAGCGGGACAAACACGAUCGUCGUCAGUGUCGCCUCGGGUUCCUCCGGAGACGGGUUCCUGUGA